GCGAUGUUUUCAGUUAUCGCAAAGUUGUCGACAACAAUGCCAUAUUCGUGUUAAACAUUCUGCAAAUUCUCGAAAUUUUCGCGCAUUGUCCUGCGAAAAAUUAUGAAUUCGUAUUGUUGGUGUUGAAAGGCAUUUGUAUAACUUCACGCAAACAGUUUGCAGAGGUAUUUCAUAGCAAUUGAAUCGCAUAUAUUGCAUAUAGCAAUUGCUCACAAAAAACAUGGCGCCCACACCGUUGCCACUGGAGCAAAUGCCCGGCGCUAAUGCAGGCUAUCUGCCAGCCGGUCAGGAAGGAGGACCACGCAUUAACACCAUGUCUAUGUCGGUACUGAUCGAUUUCAUCAUACAGCGCACCUACCACGAGUUAAUGGUUCUAGCUGAAUUACUACCACGCAAGACGGACAUGGAGCGAAAAGUGGAAAUUUAUGCGUAUGCGGCACGUACAAGACAUUUAUUCACACGACUGAAUGCGUUGGUCAAGUGGGGCAACUCGGUGUCCAAAGUGGACAAAAGCUCACAGAUAAUGAGCUUUCUGGAUAAGCAGAAUAUGCUCUUUGUAGAGACGGCUGAUAUGCUGGCUCGGAUGUCACGAGAGACGUUGGUGAGGGCACGUUUGCCCAACUUUCAUAUACCCGCUGCGGUUGAGGUCUUGACCACAGGCACCUACAAUCGUCUGCCAACAUGCAUACGAGAACGUAUUGUUCCACCGGAUGCGAUCACGCCGGCGGAAAAGAGGCAAACGUUGCUGCGUCUUAAUCAAGUCAUACAGCAUCGUUUAGUUACUGGGAAACUGCUGCCACAAAUGCGUGAAUUCCGUAUACGCAACGGACGCGUCACCUUCGAGGUGAAGCACGAGUUCAGUGUUGCCCUUACCGUCAUGGGCGACAGUCCGACUGUGCCUUGGCGUUUGCUGGAUAUAGAUGUGCUCGUGGAAGACAAGGAGACAGGCGAUGGCAAAUCGUUGGUGCAUCCGCUGCAGGUCAACUACAUACACCAAUUGAUACAGGCGCGUCUCGUAGAAAAUCCGAAUGCGUUGAGUGAGGUGUACAAUUGUUUGCACUACUUUUGCCAGUCGUUACAGCUGGAGGUGCUCUAUACGCAGACGCUGCGCUUGAACUAUGAGCGGCUCGAUGACAACAACAUCAAUGUUGAGGAGUAUGUGCCAGGCGUUAAGCUUACGGUGUCCUAUUGGCGUGAUCUCAAGUCGGAGCUGGGCUACCGCCUCACUGUUCAAUCGGAUCCCAGUGAAAUUGGUCGACCUCUGGUUGUUAUUCAUGUACCCUCGUUGGGUGCCAAGGAGUCCGCCGAGGUAGCUGAUCGAGCUGUGCGUUCAGAACAUCUCUCCAUGGAGCGUUUGAUAGUCCACACCGUUUAUAUACGAUCCGUAUCACGCUUAAGUGAUCUCAAGCUCGAGUUUCAGGCUUUUCUCAAAGACGUUGACUUUAACUUGCAAGGCACUCCUGCGAUUUUGACGGUUCCCGUGCUGUCGCCAUGCUUGCGCGCUGAACAGAUACAUAUAACCAUUGAUACGCACACGGGCAUGUUCCGCUGUCACGUACCCAAACAUUUGGAUUGUCCUAUUACUGAUGAGAUGCAGGAGAGUUUGAAUACAGAUCGAAGCAAAUUGCCGGGAUUGUUAUCGGAGCUACGCUAUUGGAUUACUCAUCGGCGAUGCGAGAAAACAUUGCAACACCUACCCGCUACGGCCACUGAAACCUUGCCUUUUCUUACUCAACCCGAACAGGAACUGUUGCAGUCGGGCCGGCACAAGAUCUAUGUCAAGCUGCAUCGCCAUCCGAAUAUAAUUCUAGUUGUUCAACUAAAAGAAAAGUCUGCUAUGCCUAACGAAAUGGAGUAUACGUUCCAUCUGGGCUUCGUAGUCUUUCAAAAGGAUGAGAACGAUGUCAUAGAUGACUCGGCCAAGCAGCUAGUUUCAAUAGUUGCUCAACCGCCAUCAGAUGUACCCAAAUUGUAUACAAAGCUAAUGCGUUUGAUUGAAUUUGACACCUUUGUAGCCACCCAUGGACCCGGUACCGAGGUUGAUGCAGAGGUGUCACCGCAUAAGCGCAAGUCGAAUGGCGAUAUUCUCGCACCACCUGCCAAGCAGCAGAAAACCAUUUUUCCUGCAUAUUUUAUACCGGAGCUAGCGCAUGUAGUGGCCAUGUGUGAUGAGAAGAUACCAUUCCUUAAUCUAGCGCAAACUCUUUCUAAGUUCCGCAUUCCGCAUAGCGGAUUGCAGGUGGAGGCAAAUGCCACAUCGUUGGUGUUAAAAAUUCUGGCACUGCCCAAGCCAGGAUCCAAUCAGGCAGCGGGAGCGAAUGGCGAACAGAAGACAACGACGGCGUCCAGUACAUCGUCGGCAUUGCCCAAAAUAGAAUCACAUGUUUGGGACGAUCUUAUGCGGCGAGUUCUGUCAAUUUCGGUGCGUUCGCAAACCAACAAGAACAGUCAGGUGCGCAUCUGGGUGGUUGAGUUUGUGUUCUACAGCACGCCGCUGCAAAGUACCCACCAGAAGGAGCUCGGUAGUCGACGCACUGUCAAUCUAACCUACGAGCAGGCCAACCAUGAUUUCUCCAAGACAGUCGAGGAUCUACUUAACGAUUGGUCUAAAAUUGUUUACCUAUACACACUCGUUUACGACUUUGCCGAGCAGCUACGCAACAAGCGUCUUAGUCUUGGCGACAUGCUGGUGGUAAAGUCCUACACCUACGCUAACUUGUUGAUUGGCUAUGGACCCAAAAAGGAGGUCACCUGCAAUAUUUAUUGGUCUGUGCAGUCUCAUGGCUUUCGAUUGACCUUCGUGGGUGGCAUCUCAGCUGUGAAUGCGCACUCCAUGAUGCGUGACCAACUGGCGCAGCAUCUAAAUCAACAGCACAGCCUCACGACCAUCGCUCAUAUACUGCAUGAGACCUAUAAUCCGAUGAGUUCCAUAGCCAAGCUGCCUGUGCUGCCGUUGCUGGGCAUUCCGCGUCCGCAGGUGCCCGUGCUAUCGUUCUGCAUGCUGCCACAGUCGCCUUGCUUAAUGCGUUUGACCUAUCAGGCUGUUUACUGUCUGGAGUUGCGCUUCCGUGCUAAUCGACUUGUAUCCAUUCGCGAUGGCGCCAGCAGCCGCUUUGAGCGUAAUGUCAUCGAGGAGUUUACGCCCAUACAGGGCCUUAAGGCGUUCCUCUCCAAGUACGUGGAUGAGUCGGCUGUGUAUAGGGGACGUGCACCACAUGAUGACGACAACCCGCUGUCCCCCAUGGGUCUGGAGGAUAACUUCGGUGGUCCGAACAGCGUGGCGGGAGUGAGUGCAGGCGGCUCCUCACCUUUCUUGAGCGCUGGCAUGCGUGGCCCACAGUCGCCACGAGAUAGUGGUCUUCGCUUUCCAGCACCACAUACACCACCAUCCAGCUCCAAUCCGCAUACACCAGCGAGUCCGCAUCCCAGCUCAAGCGGUGGCGGCGCCAGCGGAGCUCAGAGUCAUGCGAAUUUUAAUUUGACAUCGCCACCAGCACCGCAUAUGCCGCAUCCGUCUCCGGGGGGGUUGAUGCCCUCAUCACCACUAAAUCCGCAGCCCAGUCCGCACAUGGUGCACAGUCCGGGACCGAACACUUUGUAUAUGCAAAGCCAUCAGGAUUCACCUUUCACAGCCAUGUCGCCGGCAAAUAAUAAUUGGCCUGGAUCGCCGAGCAUGCCGCGUCCCUCACCCCGACCUGGACAGAGUCCAGAGCACAAGAGCACGGGUGGUGGCGGCCCAGGUGUGGGCGUAAGUGGUGCCGAUCGCAGUGGUACGAGAGGUACUCUGAACCGGCCAUGGGCCGGGGCUGUACCCACGUUGCUGACACAUGAGGCACUGGAGACGUUGUGCCGACCCAGUCCGCAUCCCAAUAAGGAUAUCAACGUGGCCGAUAUGAGUCCCCUUGAACGGUUCUUAGGCUGUGUCUACAUGCGCCGUCAGCUGCAUCGAAACAUCCAAAGCGAGGAGACAUUGACGGCGCUCAACUCUACGGAGCCAGGCGUAGUUCUCUUCAAGGUGGAUGGCUUGCAGUGUCAAGUGAUGCUCAAUCAACUGCAUAUGCAAUCGCUGCAUCUCAAGGUCACCCAACUGCCGCCCAUGCCAGAUAAGCCCACUUUCCAGCUUAGUCCCGACGACCUGCUGGUUAUCGAGCAGUUCUUCGACACACGAGUGGCUGCGCCGCCUUAUCGACCCAAUUCACUGCACAGCAUUUGCCGACUAUUGAAUCUCCCCGGUCAUGUGCUCAAGGAUUUCGUGCAGAUCAUGCGACUGGAGCUGAAACCCGAACUGGGAGGCGAUCAACUUAAGUGGACCGUGCAGAUGUGCAUGCGCAUGUCGCCAUCGGCCAUGCCAAUUGUGCCCAUUGGCAAUGCCUGCGUAGUGUUGGGUCGUAUGAAGAUCCUGUUCUUCUUGCACAUCACACGCAUACCGUACAACGGCAAGGACUGGAAGGAUAGCCCUUCAUUGGUGCUGCCCAUUGUUCACGACAUAGCCUCAAAUCUAACGCAAGUGGCGGAGAGACGCGAACAGGUGCAAUCCCCUUUGAUGGCUGCGGCUAGCACCUUGCUGCGUGGCUUCGCUGACUAUGGAGUGCAACAGAAUCGGUGCUCGCUCUUUCCAGCCAUCACGGAGCUGCUCACAAAUCUGGCAGUGGAUCAACCAGCGCCUCCGCCCAACCAGGCCAUCGGCCCGCCUGUGGGCCUUGGCGGCGUUGUUGGGGUAGGCGUGGGCGUGGGUGUAGGCGUUGGCGUGGGCGUAGUCGGCGCUAGCCCAAACACAAUGAUGCCAAUGCAGCAGUUGCAGCCACAGGUCGGACAUGGGCCCCAGCUUGGCCCGAAUCCGGGUGGUCCGCAGUGAUGAAGGCGCAAGCGCCGCGCCUCCUCGCAGCAGCCGUGAGGCGGAGUCCAAGGCGCAAUUGCGACCAGCACACAUGACCACGUGAAAUUCCCAACUAUCAUUCAUUUAUUUAUUGUUUAAAAUACGAGAACAGUUUUCAACAUUCACUUGCGUCGAUACGAGACGGGAGUCAAGAUCAAAACCCAGAUCCAGAUUGAACUAUAUAAAAAUCUAGUAUGCAGCAUACGCAAUACAAUACGCAAUUAUUGUACAAAAGAAAUGCACUAAGUACAUGUAAUAAAUCACUAACUAACUGUAAAGCUAACUACUCUAAUCGUUAGAGCUCUUGCCUGAUUGUUUUUGUUUUGUUUAUAUCAUUUAUCACAUGGGUUGGCCGAGUGAGUGCGUGCACCGAGGUUAGUAAAUAUGGUUGCUGUUUGCUUGUAUAUCUUAUGUACCCUUGCUGAGAUAGAGUGGAACCUUAUGGAAACCGAGUUCACGUGCAUAAGCGGCAAAAAGGUGGAAAAACUCUUAGGAAUGUAUCGUAAGUUCGCUUUGGGCUUAUUCUGACGGAUCUUUGUUAGAAUUGACGACUGAAUGGACUGAAGUAGUCAACAAGAUUUUGUAAGCCAACGGAUGGAAAGUAAUUACAGUAAUUAUAUAAAAUCAAAGUCAAAGCUAGAUUUUCUUAAUGUUAACUAUGU